UAGAAGACGCUGAUUGAUAAUCGUAGGUCCAUGGUUUUCGUGCGAGUGAAGACAUUUUAGCUUAAUACUGAACUAAAUGACCGGAACAUGUCUAUACUACAUUCGUUUCGCGUGUUUUCAGACAAGUGCUUAUCCUCGACUGCCCUGGAGAUUGUCGGUGCGUUCCAGAAAUUUUUUGUAGAGUAUCAGGAAGACAAUGAUCGGCUAAGAAAAUUGCUUGGAAUCCCAAGGGAAAUAAAAUAUCGUCGAAUCGAGUCCUUGCAGUUGUCUCUGGCAGUCUCUGAAGAGGAGGUUCCCCCUGCACUGCAGCGCCUUGAUCAGGAGUGGAGCGGGUGUCUGGGACAGAAGGACCCAGAGCCCAUACAGAUUAAAGAGGAACAGUAUGAACUCCGAACUAGUCAGGAGGAAGAGCAGUUUCAGGGGCUUGUUAAUACAGAAGACUCCUUAUCCACUCCUUUCCAUGUAAAAAUGGAAUGUGGUCAGGAGGACCCACUUCGUAAUGCCAUACUAGAGGAAUACCCCACUUUCGGUCAACUGGAAAUGUCUAAACUAGAGUCAUUUAGUUUGUUUUUAAAUGAGUUCUUAGCGGCAUCUGCUGUUAAGAUUUUGAAGGCAGUAAAGAAAACUGUUGCGGAGUACCGAGAAGAGAAUGAUCACCUACGGAGAAUGCUUCAGUUAACUCCAGAGGUAAAAUUAUAUCAAACAGAUUCCCUAAAGUUCUCUCUUGCAGUCUCUGAGGCCGAGUUCCCCCCUGAACAACAGCACCAUGAGCCGGAGUGGAGGCUAAGUCUGGGACAGAAGGACCCAGAAUCAAUACAGAUUAAAGAAGAACAGGAGGAACUCAGGACCAGUCAGGAGGAAGAGCAGUUUCAAGGGCUCCUGGAUACAAAAGACUGUAUACUCACUCCUUGUAUGAAAAGUGAAUAUGAUCAGGAGGUCCAACAUUGGUCUUUGACUCUUCCCCAAACCCAGACUGUAAAGAGAAGAGAGUGUUAUUCUAAAACAAUUGCUAUCAAACCCUUUGGCCUUGUGACCCAUCCAACGUCUCUUGACCCUCCAGAUAAUCAACACAACUCAUCCAGCCACAGCUCAGCCAUAAAUGGCGACCAAGUCAGACUGGACAGUAGACCACCAUUGGAUCCCAGCCCUCCAUCGGAUCCCAGUCCAUCAUCGGAUCCCGGCCCACCAAUUGAGAAACACUGUUCAAAUCCCAGCACAAGAAAAGCCCACAGUUGCUCUGACUGUGGUGAAAUGUUUGCUUUGAAAAGUGACUUAGAGAUGCAUGUGAUUCUUGCCAUGAAGAGACCCAGUUCAUGCUGUUUCUGCAAAAAACUCUAUACCUCCACCUGUAAACUAAAGGCCCACAUCCAACUCUGUCACAGUGGGAAACCCAACACCUGCCUGAUUUGUGGCAAGGUCUUCAAACUAAAGCAAUAUCAGUCUAGGCACAUGAGAAUUCAUGCAGAAGAGAAACCAUUUGGCUGUGGGGACUGUGGGAAAAGCUUCCAUAGUAAAGGGGCCUUAACAGAACAUGCGCGUAUUCACACAGGAGAGAAACCAUUUAGCUGUGGGGACUGUGGGAAAUGCUUCAAUCAUAAGGGCGUCCUAACAUAUCAUAAACGUAUUCACACAGGUGAGAAACCAUUUCACUGUGGGGACUGUGGGAAAAGCUUCCAUCAAAAUGGGGACCUUACAAAGCAUAAACGUAUUCACACAGGAGAGAAACCAUUUAGCUGUGGGGACUGUGGGAAAAGCUUCAGACAAAAGGGGGCCCUAACAUAUCAUAAACGUAUUCACACAGGAGAGAAAUCAUUUAGCUGUGGUGACUGUGGAAAAAGCUUCCUUCAAAAUGGGGACCUAACAAAGCAUAAACGUAUUCAUACAGGAGAGAAGCCAUUUAGUUGUGGUUACUGCGGGAAAAGCUUUUGUUGGAAGAAGCAACUAAACUUGCACGUCCUGACUCACACAAGAAAUUGAUCUUAUCAUUGGGAAAAUUCUGAAUAAGAAGAGAUCAUUGAACCUGCAAAUGUCUUACACAGGAAAGGAACAAUUUAGGACUUUUGGAAACGAUUCAGUCUCAAAAGGAACCUAAUCUAUUAUUUACAGACUCAAUCAGGGAAGACAACAUUGCUGCUCAGUCUGUGGUAGAAUAUUUACUAAGAAUACUCUGCUAAAGCAUGUUUACAAAAAGAUGAAGAUAGGAUGUUCCACGGAUGAAGAUAGGACAAGGAUGCAGAGGGUGGUCUAAGCUAGUCUAAUGAGGUUUACCAAUUUAACCUGUGGAUCAAUUUUAACUGGUUCAACUUAACUUGCUUAGUUCGAUAAUGUACCUAAUGGUACUGUGCUAAAGUUUUCCAACAGCAGUUUAAUGUUGAAAGGGGCUCUGUGUAGACUCCUGCCCCUUGUCUUCUCCUCGUCUUCCCUCACCAAAUGAGACUGGAAUAGUAUUUGCCAUUGCAGGGUGGUUUAGGUUGGGAGGAAAGUGAGUAUGAGGAGAUUACAUGUCAAUGCAAACUGUAAGAUGGACCAGUGAGAAAGUUUAAAAUGGAAAUAUCUCAGGCACUGAACAAUUUUUAAAAAAUUAUAUUUUUAAAUAUUAACUUAAUAUAUUAACUGCAGACAUCUACUGUUGAUUUUUUUUGUGUUUAUGCUAGUUGUACAUAAUGGCCCAUCUAAGAAACAACUGCAGUCCCAUCUAAGAAUCAACAACCACAGUCCAAAAUUAUCAAGUUAGCCAGUUGCCACAAUAUUGUGAAAUAAUUUGUUCAAGUGCAAGCACCUUAUGACUGACCACCAGGGGAGUAGCACAAAAUUCUGGGCCCUGUAGAUAGGCGAUCUCUGAGGGCCCAUCCCCUCUUUAUUCAAUAUUACAUGUUAGGGCCCUAUAUACUUAUUACCCCUUUUCCUCUGGUCCGAUGCCACAGCUGACCACCAGGGCUUACAUUUCACGGCGAGUGGCUGUAAUGCCCCCUACCGUUGUUAAAAUGUUUUUCAUCCCUGGACUUAUUUUUAAGGUAGCUAGUGUGUCUGUGUCUUUCUGUGCAGCUGGCUAGCAUGCUAGCUAACAUGAAUCAUUCUCUCUCUCCGGAAGCUGAACCUAGAUCUAGCUACACAAAAUAUAAUAUGGCCACCCUAUCUUAAUUUGUAGUAAGUUGCUUAUCUUAAAUGACUUUAGUAGUAGCCUCAUUAGCAAUGUUUAAAACAGACAUCCUCCAUCAACUGUGUCAUUCUCUGGCCAGUCACCAAAUUACAUCACGCCACAGAAAACUGAAUGAAUAAUAUGUGAUGCCGUAGACAUCUGUCUCUCCCCCUUGCAAAAUAAUCAACAUUUUAAUCAACCACACAGAAAUGAUGUCUCUGCUUAAGAAUAUUUAAAGUUUGUUUUAAUUUUUUAAUUGGAAGCAUUCAAAAUGUAAAAUGAUAGAAAAAAAGACCUACCCUUUAAAUUAUCCACAUUCAUCUUGACCAUAUUGUGAUGGUGUGAUAAAGGAGGGGGAGUGACAUGUUGAUGCCCUCUGUGACAUCAUGGGCAUUGUGUAAGCCAACAUUCCAAUCAAACAUUUUGAACACCAUAACUCACCUAUCAAUGUAUCAAGCAGUUGCUUUUUCAGUUGUUUCAGCUAAUGUUUCUAAAGAGAAAUGUAUCUGUA